AUGAAUCGUGAUAGCAUCAACGGAGUAUGGCGUCGAGUUCGAUCCGCCAUUACCCGGCAGCCGCAUCGCAGAGGGGCCCCUGACGACGAUCAGCUCUUCGGCCUUCGAAACCAGCCUUCAACGUUCUCACUAUCAUCGAUAUCGUCGACCUUACGGAAUCCCCGAACAUUCUUGCUUAAGAAUUAUUCAUCAAACCUGAGCGAUGCGACUCUCCAAAGAAACAAUGCGCAAGUUGUGGUGACGACGACGGAGACACAAAGCCAGACAUAUGCGCCUCGACCUCCCCGCGAGAGAUGGAUUAUUGGUGUCCGUCAGUGCGCCAAUGUUGGAGCCUUCAUUUUGAUCCUCAACCUAGUGUUCAUCUUUACAGCGGCAGGAUUGGCAAGGCGAUUCCCUGAAAACAGCAAAUUUGGAGCGACAGCAGUUCUUUACAAGGGAAAAUGUAGCACGACCAAAACCUGGGACGUUGCCCUGCAUUUUGUUAUCAACGGAUUGAGUACUUUCAUUCUCGGCGCCAGCAACUAUUGCAUGCAAUCUUUGGUUGCCCCUACACGACAGGAGGUUGAUAAGGCCCAUGCUCAAGGUAUAUGGCUCGACAUCGGUUGUGCCAGUAUCAAGAAUCUUCGUGCGAUUGGUCGAAGUCGAUUGAUCUUAUGGAUUGUAUUGAUGCUUACAGCAACACCGUUUCAUUUGUUGUAUAACUCCAUGCUGUUCGAGUCAUUAUCGACAAACGAAUUCGGUGCCAUGGUUGGUCCAAAGGAUCUGAACUCAUCAAACGUAUAUGACCUUACAACACCUGCGAUCAACAAAUGUGUCAGCUGUCCAAGCAUUAAUGGCAUUAGUGACUACACUCCCUACUUGAACUGGAGCGAGAUUGCCUCUGAACUAGCUAAUAACAAUUACGAGCGACGUAAGUUUUCGGACUGUCGUGGUAGCAGUCAAACGGGCGUAAGAGCCGUCAUCAUGCUUGCCGAAAACUUGACGGUGAGCGACGGAGGAAAUGCGGCAAUUCUUGCCACAGAUAACAGUGAAGACUUUAUGAACCAGAGCGUUCUCGCAAUCCCUUAUUUCUAUACAAAUGGGAGCCAUAAUGCGUCGGCAGAAUGUCAGAGUUCGGAAAGCGUAUACGUCGCUUAUCAAUACGAAGUAUAUGGUGGCCCUUAUCUCUCUGCCGAACAAGCAAUCCCGAACAGUUACGUUACCCAUGAGUGUUUGGUGAUUCGUGCCCCACAGCACUGCCAGCUUCUAUACAGUCCGCCUAUCUGCCUGGUAAUAGCGAUUGCCGCAUUUGCGAAAGUUUGCGCAAUGUUCAUGGCAGCACGAAUCACUCGAAAACGAGGCAAACCGCUCCUCACGGUUGGGGAUGCCAUCGCUUCUUUUAUUUCUAAGCCUGAUCCCACGACAAAGGAUUUAUGCUGGAUGUCCGGCAAGGAUGUUCGCAAGGGAGCUUGGAAGCAAUCGAACGAGCUAGAAGAUGAAAGUGCCAUCUACAAGACAUUAUCAAAACCAAGACGAUGGUUGCAUGCACCUACUCGCCUCCGAUGGUCUGCCACUCUAAUUUUAUGCUUCGGUUGCAUAUUUGUAUCAAUUUGGCUUCUUUUCGCAGCUAUUGCAGGCAUGCCUUAUGACUCGUCGCCAUUUCUGUCUUCGAGUCAAUUCACCAACAUAUUUUCUUCAAAUGUCAAUGAAAAUGAUUAUGGCGUUUUCUACAUAUACAACGGCCAUCCCACGAUGAUAAGCUAUGUGGUUGUUGCCAACACACCGCAGCUACUGGUGACAAUGUGCUACUACUGUUACAACGCAGUUUUAAGCAGCAUGUUAGCAGCGUCUGAGUUUGACUCCUACGCAAAAAAGCGCAAAGCUUUGCGUGUGCACUGGCCAGUCAGGGGAAGCGAACAACGCACGACGUAUUGGCUCAGUGUGCCAUACCGCUACUGUAUCCCUGUGCUUGCACUGUACAUGGUCCUGCAUUGGCUGAUUUCGCAGGCUAUAUUUUACCUGUCGUUGAUUCCCUAUACAGUCUUUGAUGAGGUUGUUGCAUAUGAAUCCAUCAAUGCCGUUGGAUUUACCAGUUCAUAUGUCUUCUUGUCUAUUCUUGUCGGGGCAGUCAUGGUGACAAUACCGUGUUCGUUGGCGUGGAGGAAAUUCAAGUCCAAUAUGCCGUUAGCUGGGUCAUGUUCUGCUGCAAUUAGUGCCGCGUGUCAUCCACCUGCGCAUGAGGACUUGAGCCGAGCAGUUUUAGGCAAGGUCAAGUGGGGACAGGUAAUUUUACCGGGGCAGCCGAUCGAUUCGCUGCAACCCAAUGACUCCGAGAACGGACAUUGCACUUUCACCUCACUGGAGACGGUGGACCCCACGUUGACGAAGAUGUAUGCUUGA